CAACAAGAAGAGAGAAUACGGCAACUGGAAAGUUCUAGACAGAAUAGCUCAAAUUCAGCAACAGCAUUUGAUUCAACGCUCGCCAAAGAACUUUUACAAAGAAUAACUACAGAAGAAGGAAAGACGGCCAAUCUCGAACUUUUGCUCGUUGAAGGAAACAGAUUAAAUGAAGAACUACAAAGAAAAGUGUCUACCGUAGCCAGGCAACAGGAGUCUUCGAGUGGAACAACCGAUCGACUACAGAGACAGUUCGAGUCCAUGAGUCACUCACUAGCACUUCGUAAUGUUAUGCUGACAGAUUUGGACGAAUCUGUAAGGCAGCAGGAAGUCUCCAGUCACGAUGGAAUUUUGCUUUGGAAAAUCACCGAGUUCGCUAAAAAACAGCAAGACGCCGUCUCCGGGCAACAGACGUCAUUUUACAGUCCGUGCUUCUUUACCAGUCGCUAUGGAUACAAGAUGUGCGCGCGCAUCUACGUGAAUGGUGAUGGUAUUGGAAGAGGGACACACAUCUCGGUAUUCUUUGUUGUCAUGCGUGGUGAGUACGAUGCGUUACUCCGCUGGCCAUUCAGACAGAAAGUUACGUUCAUGCUGCUAGAUCAGAAUAACGUAGAACACGUGAUCGACUCCUUCAGACCUGAUCCAAACAGCUCAUCUUUCCAGAGACCAAGAAGAGAAGCAAACAUCGCUAGUGGGUGCCCUACAUUCUGUCCCUUGUCGGAGUUAAACGAUCAUGCCUACGUCCGAGACGAUACUAUGUUUCUGAAGGUUAUAGUCGAUACGACGGAUUUAUAA